AUGCAAGCAAGCAAGCAAGCACCCCUCCUCUCCUCCUCCUGGGACUGGAAUCACUCACCUCACUCACCUCACUCACCCUCCUUAGUUGAGCACCACAUUCUUCCCAAACCUAAACGCCGGGCGGAAGGCCUUCGCGCUGGGAUCCAGCUCCCUGGGCUCGUCGUCCCUGUUGCACAUGCACACGCCGCAGGCGGCGAGGCCGCAGGGGGGCAGCUCGGGGGCAGAGACCUGCUGUGCUUGGCGGCAGUUGCCGAUGAUGCAUUUGACGGAUACGCUGGCGGCGGUGCGGCCGCAGCGGAAGUAGGUGGUGACCUGUUGGCACAUGGUUGGAGGGUAGGGGGGACGGGGGGGUGA